AUGGCCGCAGGGAAGCCUAGAGAACAGAGAUGGGCUUGCUGGGGCGGCAGGAAGCUGGACAGAGCAGGCAUCCGCAGAGCGAAGGUGGCCCAACAGAGGAAGGGUCAGUGCACUCCAGGCCAGGGCAGGACCUGGGCACAGCUUGGAGGCAUGGAGAGCAGAGAGGGCAAGGAGGAGGGCGCAGCUCUGACCUCACAAUACCCAGAGCCCCCUGGGCCAGGCUUGCGAGUCACAAACUCUGGCGCCCUCCUCCAACGCGGGCAAGGCCCGGGGCCCUGGGCAGCCUCCAGGUGCAGUGCCCUCCCUCGGGCACCCAUCCCGCUGCCCCGGGGCAUGUCUCUACUCACCAAUUAUGAGGGCCUUCGGCAUCAGAUCGAGAGGCUGGUGAGGGAGAACGAGGAGCUGAAGAAGCUGGUGCGGCUCAUUCGGGAGAAUCACGAGCUCAAGUCGGCGAUCAAGACACAAGCAGGUGGCCUGGGCAUCAGCGGGUUCAGCUUGGGGCUUGGCGAGGCAGCGGCCAGCCCUUCUCAACGCCUGGGAAACUGUGUCUUCCUGCCCCCGUCCCCGGCAGCAGCAAAUGAGCCUAUCCUGGAUGAAGCGGGGAUUAUGACUCUGGCACCCCUGGCCGACAUGCUAAACAGCCCGCAGCCCAGCCCCGCAUCAGGCCCCAUCGUGAACCCUCUGACGGGCCCCCUCAACACAGUGCUGCCUGGCCCAGGGUCCAUGUCACAGAGCGGCCUGCUCACCAGCCUCCUGACCGGCCCCAUGGCAGUGUCCCCGGGGGGCACGCUGGCCAGCUCCCUGGGCCUGCCCUCAACUGGCCCCCUGACUCCGAGCGGCCAUCUGACCGGCCCCAUGGCCCUGACUCCGAGCAGCCCCCUGAUGGCCCCUAUGACAGGCACAGUGGCCGUCUCUCUGAGCAGCCCCCUGCGCACCUCCACGGCUGCUCCUCUAGGUGUUUCUCAGAACCUUCUGGCCAACCCCAUGAGCAAUCUGGUGCUGUCGGAGGCCCCAAGGGUGCGGCUGUCAGAGCCGCUCCGAGGAUGCCCCUCCGGACCCCGUCCCUCGGCUGGAGCAGGGCCCGCCACCACCAGAGUCCCAAUCUCCACUGAGCAUCCCCAGCCGACCCAGGACCUGGAGCCCUUCAGCAUGUCGUUGGGUUCACCCAUCCAGGCCUCCACCCCUAUCGGGACCAGGGGCACGCCUGGGCCCAUGACCACCUUCUCCUACAGCAGCUCAGAUGCCCGGACCCAGCCCAGUGCCCCUCAGGGACAAGUAGUUCCUGCAUCUGUCCCUACCACCCCAACUGUUUCUCCAACUGCCACAGUCCUUGUCCCUAUCCCUACUCCUGCCCCCCAAGCUACCACCAACUACACCCCCUCGAGCACCACCCACAUUGCCCAGGGCCCCCCCCAAUCUCCCACCCGGGCACACCACCCUCCCACCCAGCCCUCACCCCCGCACUCCCCUCCACGAAACCCCCACUCCCCGCCCCGAACUUCAUCCUCCCCGGCUACAGUCAACGACAGCCGGGGCCCACGUGGCACAGAGACCUCUCGGAAAAGCGUCCUCGAGUUGGAACGGAAGCUGGCCCACCGAAAGACCAGCAAGUUCCCUGAGAGCCCCCGAGAGUCAAAGCAGCCAGCCUGGGAGAGGCUGGUGGGGGAGAUCGCCUUCCAGCUGGACCGUAGGAUCCUGUCCAGCAUCUUCCCCGAGCGCGUGCGUCUCUACGGCUUCACUGUCUCCAACAUUCCGGAGAAGAUCAUCCAGGCCUCCCUGAACCCCAGCGACCGCAAGCUGGAUGAGGAGCUGUGCCAGACGCUCACACAACGUUACGUGAGCAUCAUGAACCGGCUGCAGAGCCUGGGCUACAACGGGCGGGUGCACCCGGCGCUGACCGAGCAGCUGGUGAACGCCUACGGCAUCCUGCGCGAGAGGCCGGAGCUGGCGGCAUCCGAGGGUGGCUCCUACACCAUGGAUUUCCUGCAGCGCGUGCUGGUGGAGACGGUGCACCCCAGCAUGCUCACCGACGCGCUGCUGCUGCUCUCCUGCCUCAGCCAGCUAGCGCAUGACGACGGCAAGCCCAUGUUCAUCUGGUGACACUGGCUCGCGCCGGCCCAGGUCCACCCCCCCCCCCCCCCCCCCCCCNCAAAGCCAUUAAAGCUUCCCACAGACGCUAGCCGCUGGGCCCGGGCCAGAACUUGGGUGGUGCUGUGUCCUCUGGGGUAUCCGGCCAGCACCCCACUCCCCUGCACCCCUUUAAC